GGCGCCGUAACCUUGAAAUCUCUAAGGCGCUUCUGAUUGGCUAGUCCAUAAAUUAGAGUCUUGCCGAGAUAAUUGCUACUGCAUGCUUCUCUUAAUAUCAUACUUAAAGAUUAGUAAUGUUCAAGAAAAAUAAAAUUAGUAAAACUCAAGUCAAUAAAUCAGUGAACUUACCCAUAUCAAAUAUACCAGUUUGUAGUAAUGAAUCGAAAAUGAUCAAUCACAGAAAUUGUGUACCUGAUGGAACUCCUCUGUCUGUUGCAUCAUUUCAACCAAAUGCAAAGCCAUUUAUAACCAGUUCAUCAUUUAUUCCUACUAGUUCCACAUUGUCCUGUUCAUUGUAUAUGGAAAACUUGUCAGUAAAAAUUUGGGAAUUAUAUAGUAGCACAAGACAAAGUCCUUUAAAAUAUGAAAAGAAAGUUCGUCUACUUAAUGCUUUACAUAUGGUUGUAUCAGGAGUGUUCGAAAAUGCUGGCCUGUAUAUUGUUGGCUCUUCAAUAAAUGGUUUCGGUUCAAAUCAAAGUGAUAUGGAUAUGUGUUUACUUGUAACAUCACGCGAUUUACAUCAGAAAAGUGAAGCAACGUUUAUAUUAAGUCGACUUUUACAAUCAUUAAGAAAAUGUCGUAAGUUUUAAUUAUAUUGCAAUUACUAUUACUACUACUAAUACUACUACUAAAAGCCACUACAACACCGUGUAAAAGAUAUUGCUCGCAUCAUCUGGGAUCACCGGGUAAGUAAUAGUGAGAUCAGACGGAGGCUACUAAAGAAUGAUGGUAAAUCAGUUGAUGAGGCUGUGAAUCUUCAUCGACUGAGAUGGUUGGGCCACAUGCUACGUAUGCCUGAACACCGAUUACCACGAUGCGCAAUGCUGACUAGUGUUGGGGAUGGUUGAAAGAAAGUUAGGUGUCCAAACGAUAAUGUAGCAUCAGUGCUUGAAGUCACUAACUUCUGGUUUGAGCCAUGUUGAUAGAUGCAGACUACUUGGUGUCCGCGUGACUAUUGUAACCAAUGGUUGGAUACCCUUGAUGACGUGGCCCAGAAUCGAUCAUAAUAGCGUAAGUGUGUACACUCUUUGUCUUCCCUUGAACCGUAAGAUUAAAGUUGCUUUAUACUAUCAUUUCUACAAAAUGCCCUGGUAUGGCCGGGAGUGGGGUGGGUUCGCCCUCCUCGAAAUGCUCUCAUACGGCCACGCGUAUACAGCCUCUGCCAGGGAAGUCCUACUCAUUGCCUUCUCACAAAAGGGGUGUUGUUUACAAAAAUGAGAGGACGAAAAGCGAAUGUUCGACGCUUUAACCGGAUCCCAAACCAAUGGUGCAAAUGGGCUCCAGUAUCCUGCGGGGACAAAUGGCGUAUGAACCAAUUGUUGGUCACCGGCUACCAUGGGACUGCAUCUCCUCACGAUGUUCCACUGCCUUGUGGAUCAGACCUUCAGGUCAAAGGCUCGGGGUGUGGCCCCCUAAGAAAACCACCUGCUUCGGUUUGGGCACCCGGGCAGUAUCAGCCCACACACACAAAUAUGGUGUGGCGCAUAUGUAUUUGGUGCCCUCUUGUACUGAUAUUUAUGUGUUGAAAUAAUAAUAAUAAUUCUACGAAAUAAUUAUUUCUUCCUGUACUAUAUCUUUAGACACAACCUUUGGUUUGUAUAUAACUACCAAUGAAGUAACUACUUCUAUGAAUUUCUUGCUCAUCUCGUUGUGGUAAUGCGGUAUGGCAACUUGGACCGAUGCAUAUAUGUGCCUGGUCCUACUUUGUAGCUGACUGACGGAGAUAGUUUUGAAUUUGUUGAAAGAAUUAAAAUUUUGAAGGUGAACAAGAAAUUCAUGAUAAUACUUGAUAUAUCUUUAUUUAGAACGUACCUUUCAUAGAAAUGGUUGAUUUCAUAUAUGGUUAGUUACAAAUUCGAGAAAUGGGGAUUGACAUUCGAGUUUCCUCUUUAAGGUAAUUAAUACUCAGAUAUACUAUGAAUGUGUAUUUGUUGUUUAAUAAAGAACUCUACAGACAAUGUGAAGGUAUCGCUAUGGGAUCACCAUUAAAUCCAGUUCUAGCUUAUUUCUUUCUGACAAAAUUAGAAAACAGUCAUCUAAAAAGAGUGAUAGGCAAACUAGAAUUUUAUUUUCACUGCAUGAAUGAUACAUUUAUAGUCACAAAAAACAAUAGUGAAGCUCAGAGUUUACCAAAAUCAUUUAAUAGAGUCCACUAGGCAAUCACCUUCACAAUGGAAGAAGAAAAGUACAACACCAACUCCUUUCUAGAUGCCUUAUUGAAGAGAAGAGCUGGUAGAUUCAUAAGAAUAAGUGUUUAUCGUAACCUGACUACACAAAAAUAAUAUACACACUUUUCUCUUUACCUUCGUCCCAUCACACUAUAAGAGAAACUUAGUCAAGUGUUUAGCCCACAGAGACAAAAUUAUUUGUUUUGAGGAUAAUCUUGAAGAAGAAUUAAAGAUGUCAAAUUAUUAGUUGUAUUUUUUUGUGUGUAACUAUUAGACAAGUAGUUUAUGAUACUGUAAUAUUCUUCUAAUUGCAAUCUUUCGUUUGACGCAUAAUUUACUAUUGUAUAUUUCAUCUUUCUCACACUACUAUGAACUAACCUAUUGUUUAGUUUCCUUUUUAUUUGUGCUGUAAUUAUAAUCAGAAAUGCAAUUUCCUAUUCAUAUUACUCUGUGAUCAGGAAUUCACACUAUAUUAUUGUAUGUGUUAUGUAAUGGAACGGAUAUACAAUAUAGAGAUUUAUCAGUUUAGGGUUGUGGAGAUUAUUAUAUUUUUGAUCGAGACCAUCAAUCGAUUGAUGUUACACCAUCAUUGAAAACCUGGAAGCACUGGACGGCCGUUUCGUCCUCCUAAAACCCCUCAGCAGCGCGCACCAAUGAUCCCACUCGCGGGAUUCGAACCCCGAGGGUUUACGGUCUCGCACGCGAACGUCUAACCUCUAGACAACUAAGCUGGCCGGCAUCCAACGGUAUUAAUGUCUAACGUCGACCAAUCCGCGACCAUCUUCCAUUGUACAGAGGUUCGCGUUCGCGCGCAAGAUCGAAGGCCCUGGGUUCCCAUCCCGCGAGUGGGAUCGUGAGUAUGCACUGCUGAGGAGUCCCACAAUAGGACGAAACGGCCGUCCAGUGCCUCCAGGUUUUCAAUGGUGGUCUAAAUUGACGACAAUAUCUUUUAUGCAAUCACACAUUGAAUAUGAUGUUGUGAGUAGGCUAAAACAUCCUUGUGAUAUGGUAGAUCGUAUCUAAGCGAGGUUGAUGAGUUAAACGUGGUAUUGCGAGUAAAAAAUGUCCCCUUAGUUAAAUCACAUAUCUGAAUGGUAACUCUAUUUUCAACCCAAUCACACUUAAUGGAGAAGCUCUGGAUGAUGUGGAGACUUUCAUGUACCUGGUCAGCAUAAUAGACGUACAAGGAGGAUCGGAUGCAGACGUAAAGGCGAGGAUCGGCAAAGCAAAAGCCGCAUUCCUACAAUUGAGGAACAUAUGGAACUCAAAACAACUGUCUAUAAAUAUCAGAGUCACAAUCUUCAGUAUGAACAUCAAGACAGUUUUACUGGUACAACCAUCAUCAAGAAGGUACAAGUAUUUAUAAACACUUGUCUAUUCAAGAUACUCAAUUUCCUUUGGCCGGAUAUCAUCAACAACAUCUUAUUGUGGGAGAGGACAAUUCAGCUUCCAGUUGAAGAGGAGAUUAAGAAAAGACGUUGGAAGUAGAUAGGACAUAUAUUGCAGAAAUCACCAAACUGCAUUAUUAGGCAAGCGCCCAAUUGGAAUCCUGAAGGGAACCGGAAAAGAGGAGGGCCAAAGAACAUACUGCAUCGAGAAUUGGAAGCAGACAUGAAAAGGAAGAAUAGGAAUUGGAAAGGAUUGUCCAGAACAGAGUUGAAUGGAGAACGCAGGUGGGCGGCCUAUGCUCCUCCACGAGGGGUAACAGGCGUAAGUAAAGUAAAUUGACUCUCUAUUUUAACUCACCUUGAAUCUCUUACCUAAACCAUCACAAACUUGACUUUCUUAACCUUUUAAAACUCUCAACCCUAAUACUCUUAAGGUGACCAUAUCUCCGAAUUCUAUAUCUUCUCUGCAUACCAUUUUCUUAACACCAGCUUACAUAAGAGGACUCUUUUUUUCAAUAGUCUUACAUACUAUGAAUUUUCCACAAUCAUAUUAUCACCAAAAUUAACCGGAAUGAGGACUUUUAUCAAACUACUAAUAUCAGAUAAGUACUUACUUUACUUACGCCCGUUACUCCCAAUGGAGCAUAGACCGCCGACCAGUAUUCUUCAACCCACUUUGUUCUGGGCCUUCCUUUCUAGUUCUAUCCAAUUUUUGUUCAUUCUUUUCAUGUGUGUCUUCAUUUCUCAGCGUAAUGUGUUCUUUGGUCUCCCUCUUUUCAUUUGGUCUUGAGAAUUCCAAGUGAGGACUUGCCUUGUGACGCAGUUGAGUGCUUUCCUCAAUGUGUGUCCUAUCCACUUCCAGCGCUUCUUCCUAACUCGCUAAAAAAUGCACCAGAUAAGUAGGUUAAUCAUAACAAACUGCUAUGAAUUUAAGUUGGGUCGAUUUUUACCCUGUGCUAAUUGUUGUGUCCUUGACUGGAAAAUUAGAGAGCAGCGUGCUUAUCGAUCGAUUACAGUGACACGUAAACACGUACGGACGGCCUAGAGUCUCGAUUGGUCCCACUUCUCUGUCUUGCCCAGUCAGUUGAGUCCAGAACACAAGUCACAGCUUCGGAGAUAUGAAUCAUUAUAUUUCAAACAUACUUUGUUUAUAUACCAAUCAAGCAUAUCACAUCGUACCAUAAAAUAGAAAACAACAUUUUGUACAAUAUUCAACAAGUGAACAGAUAUCGACCAAUAGGAAAUGUCCAUUUAAAGUCCAAGGACACCAUUGGACUUAAUAUGAUAAUUAUUGGUCUAUUCCUCCGCAUCCACAACACAAACCAUUUAAAGAAUAAUCCCACCUAAAUUAAACACUUGCUAACUAACUACAUUCUGAAUUCUCUUAGUAUUGUUUGGCUUGUGUCUUCCCAUUGAGGUUUAAGACUGCAAUUGAUCAGUCUGUUAUUGGUAUAUGUGCAUACUGUGCGUAUGCCUCGACAUUACCUUAAUUCACAAGCUAUUUGUAAGCUCAGUAGCUGAGUGGAUAACGCGAUGGCGUUUGAAGCGAAUGGUACUGGGUUCGAGUCCCAGAGUGAACAUCAACUCUCUGAGAUGCAGGUACAUCCAGCUGACGUGUCCCAAAUAGGACAAAACGCGCGUCCUGGAUUCCACUGCUAGCCACUAUCCAUCAUUGCUUACAAAUAACUACAUUCUGAUUGAUCGAUUCCAUCAUUAUUAUUAUUUCUUAUUUCUAGACUAUUGGUAUAGUUUCCUUGUAAUUGAACAUUGACUUUCUGAUAACUGAAACAGAGUAAUGUUUCUAAUGCCCCCCCCAUGUACGUUUGAUUUCUUGUCAACUUUGUUCCUCUAAUAUAUUUUUUCUUUUUUAUCUUUUUUAUCAUCAUUCUAUAUUUGUGUAGGUUUCCUUUAUCAUUUCACCUUAAUUCGUGCUAAAGUUCCAAUUAUCAAAUUUUGUGAUAGAUAUACCGGUAUUGAUUGUGAUUUAAAUGUAAAUAAUGUAAAUGGAUUAUAUAAUACAUAUUUAUUAGCUAUGUAUGCAAAAAGUGAGUAAAAUUUCAAUGUUGAUAUUUCUACUUUUUUUGUUUAGUUAAACACAUAAACAUUGGUGUAACAAGUUUUUACUUACUUAGGCCCAAUGGAGCAUAGGCCACCGACCAGUAUUCUUCAACCCACUUUGUCUUGAGCCUUCUUUUCUAGUUCUAUCCAAUUGUUGUUCAUUCUUCUCAUAUCUGUCUCCAUUUCUCUGAAUAUUGUGUUCUUUGCUCUUCCUAUUCACUUUUGUUCUUGAGGAUUCCAAUUAAGGGCUUGCCUUGUGUUGCGAUCGGAUGCUUUUCUCCAUGUGUGUUCUGUCCACUUCCAGAGCUUCUUCAUGAUUUCUUCUUCCGUUGGAAUCUGGUUUGUUCUCUCCCACAGUAGGUUGCUAUUGAUCCCGUAGAAAACUAACUCGCUAAAAAACGCUAACCAUAAAAUAAUUUCAAACUAUUGGCACAACGAGGCACUAAAAAUAUACAUACACCACGCAAAUCACUGAAUUUACAUUUGAGUGGGAUAUACUACCCGGGUAACCAAACCGAAGCAGGUGGUUUUCUUAGAGAGCGCCACUCUCCCAGUCUUUGAACCAGAGGUCUAGUUCACUAAACAGUGGAUCAACAUUAAGGAAUAUGGUCUCGUGGUAGCUGGUGACCAUGAAUGGGUUCAUAAACCACUUUUUCCCUUUGGGAUGCUGGAGCCCAUGUUCACUAUUUGUUUGCAAUCAGGGUUCUUCAAUUUCCCUCUGUGCAGAUGCUCCGUACCCAACAAACCAGUUUAAACUCCAACCGGACAUUCUCUUUUCGUCUUCUCAAUUUCGUAAGCAACACUUCCAGCACGAGAAGUCAGUGAGGCUAUAUACGCGUGUUCACAUAGGAGCAUUUGGAGAGGAAGGGCUAACUCUCCAUGCCGGCCAUACCAGACCAUCAAGAGGAUGUUUAUUAGCCACAUAUGCAAAAUAUAAUAGGAAUUCAAUACAGACAUUAUUUGUAAGAUGGAAUUGAUUUUUUCGCUGUUAAAUUUUACUAAUGAACAAACUGAAAUUUUCACAGUGCACAUCUGUUUUCAUGUUAUUUACUUUUUUUAUAAAUAGCCCUUCUGACAUUCACCUCAAUUCAUUUCAAUAUCACCAGGAUGUAUUGAAAAAAUGUUCAUAUUUAAUGAAACUUGAGUUGUGAAAAUCCGUGACCACUACAGUUCAACACUGCUGGGUGUGAGACAGUAGAUACCAUAGGCAAUGGAUGAUGGUUACACAAUACCAUAGUUUGAUUAAACUUGAACAUAUACAUCGUUAGAUGCCGACCCAGUGGUCUAAUGAUUAAGCAUUCUCACACGAGACCGAAUGUUCUGGUUUAGAAUCCUGAUUGUUCAGUUGUGGAUGCACACUGCUGAGGAGUUCCGUACUUGAAUGAAACAGCUAUUCAGUGCUUCCUGGAUUUCAGUAGUUGUCUAACCGAGGUCGGUUCGUGAUUUAAACUUUGAGGAUACAAUAAUAUCUUGCAUUUUCCGGCUUGUUUGGGUUACUUGAUUAUCGAGUCAGCUAGUGACUAGAGAUUAAUAUCUGCUUUGCUGAUCUCGUUUUCUGGUUGGAAAGUAGGUUGUAAUAAGCUCGAGGGCAAAUAGGCUUGCAGGUCUCUGUCUCUGUGCAUUAGUGAUUACAAUACCAGGUCAUAUAGUGUAAAUGAUUACAAUGAAAGCCUGUAUAACUACUGCAAAAUGUGUAAUCCAUUGUUAAUUGAGUAGUUUUAUUUGUACAUAUUCUGUAUUAGCGGCACAACUUUCUUUGCUGUUAUUUACUUUAAGUUAUCUGGUAUUACAACGGUCUCCUAAUCAGUAACUUAUGGAUCACGAAAUUUUGAUGCUUAUUGAUUCAACAAACUCUCUCUAACCGCAGUAGUUAUUCAGAGGACUAGCACAGGAAAUAGAUAAACUUCUUAUUAUUGUAUUCACCCUUCUCCUCAUAACUCAAAGGUCUAUAUACAUGAAUUACAUGACCACAACGCAUCACAAAUACGAGAUCAUGUGUGCAUAACUAUAGGACAAGCGAUAUAAAGCUGAUUAUUGAAUUCACAACAAUUUUUGGGUCAAUCGGAUUCUUAAAAUUAGGGUUAUUACAUUAUAAAGGUAUAAUCAUUCUAUGUUGAAUAGCUAUAAAAGUCUCAUCUCUCCCAAUUAUUUGUCCCAAUCUAAUAGCUUAUAAGUCUGCAACGAUUGAAAUAAUUUAGAUAUGCCAAGUUCGUCAACUCCAUCGCCCACAAAACAUUGUAGUGGCUGAUUCUAUGUCAAGUCCACAUAGGCUAUUCUAGCUUCUGUACACAUCAAUUUAUGCAUUCAUUUCAAGCCACAUUUUGACCUCGUCAAUUAUUCGCUUAUCAAUCCUGACUGUUUUUAUAUGAUCGUACGUGUUUUAAUUACUUACCCUAUUCAUUAUGUGUCUGUAACCUAUUUUUUCUGAAUAUAAAUAUUGAAUGACGCUUAAUUAAAUUGGGUUAGCUCAUUCGCCUUCUCCACUGAGCGUCAUUUCGUCUUACUUUGCUUCGCUCUCUUCUCAUUGCUUCCUUCACUUCGUUUCUUUAUCCAUCUGUCUGGAUCAACGAGUGUACAAAAUAUGCGUACUCAAAUAUCAUUCUCGUAUUUGACUUAUUUAUAUUCCUUCAUUCUCUAAUGCGAUGAUUAUAUACGAGGAUUCGCGGCAUGUAUAUUUCGAUAACAAUCAACAAACUAUUUAAUUAGAGUUAGAAACAGGAGUCGCCCGUCGAUACUAUCACUGUUCGAUGUAAUUAGCUUCAAAAUGAAAGGCCAUACUAAAACAUAAUUGAUAAUGUUGAGUGCUUCGUGUUGUGUCUUUACUGUGGAUCGCUGAAUUUCCUUUUUCACCUGUGUUAAAAUAUGCGACAAUAUUAAUACUAAUAAUCAUUAAUCGGCUAAUCCAUUUUCUUUGUUUCUGUUAUCUUUAAAAAAAUUUAGUUGAUUGGCGUGUUAGACCAUUGGGAAUUUUCAUUAAACAUUGGGCUCAAUGUUUGGAUAUUCAUGAUGCUCAACGUGGUCGUCUAUCCACCUAUUGUUUACUUCUAAUGCUUAUUCAUUAUCUUCAAACCGCUUGCAUCCCACCAAUUCUACCUAAUUUGCAAGAAAAGUUUCCAAAUUUAUUUAAUUACACCAUGGAACCGUAUGAAUUAGAUAUGAAUAUUGAACUUCCAUGGAAUGAAUUACAAUCAAAUAAUUCUAAUAGUUUAGCUGAAUUAUUUACUGGAUUUAUUUAUUAUUAUACAAAUCAAUUUGAUUUUAAUAAAUGGGCUAUUACAAUUCGUCAUAAAACACCAUUAAUGAAACAUAUAGCUAUGAAACAUUUACCACCCUAUGAACAAGGUUAUAUUGUACGAAAUUGUAAAAUUUUCAUUGAAGGUAAAUGGUUCUUCUAUAUGAUCCAUACUAUGUGUAUUAUUCAUUUUGAUUGAAUUUAAUUCAUGUCAUGACUAAAUAAUAACAAAGGCAUAUUGGUAGAUGUAGACUACUUGGUUUGGGGUCCAUAUGACUAUCGUAACCAAUGGUUGGAGACUCUGAAUGACAUGGCUUAGGAUCGAUCACAAUGACGUAGGUAUAUACGCUCUUUAUCUUCUCUUAAAUCGUGAGAAUAAAGUUGCUUUAUACCUUUAUUUCUACGAACUAAUUCUUUCUUUCUGUACUAUAUCCUUAUAUACAAUUUUUCUUUUAUAAAUUACUACCAUUGAAGUAACUAUUUCUAUGAAGUUGGUAUUCAUCUUUUCGUGCUAAUGAGGUUUGGCAACUUGGACCGAUGUAUAUAUGUGCCUAGUCCUAUGUUGUAGCUGACCGACUGACUGAAACUUAACGAGUGUUUUUUAUUCAAGUUGCUUUUAGUUACAAAUUAUCAUAGCUUCGAGAUGACUAGAUAUGAGCUCUUUGAUUAGAUCGUCCGUUAAAAGAGCAGUUGUAUUAUUUAGUUCGAUUAUCGACUUAUUCGAGAGACUAAUGAUUUAUUUCAUCAAUAACACAGUGACCAUUAAACUACUUGAUUUUUUAACUAUAUUAAGUCUUACAUCCGAAAUGCUCGCUAUAUAAUUCAAUUUGAGUUUACCGGUUAUUGUCAUCAGCUAUCACAUGUAAACAGGCAGAUUCGAACUCGACCACAUUAAUAUAUACUUGAUAAAUGAGUAGUUACCCUAAAACUUUAAAAGCGUUAAUUGUCAAUACUGAUGAUUAUGAGGCAAACGAAAUCUUUUUUCCUUUUUAUAAAGACAGUAACCCACGUUACCAUAUCAUCCAACUGUUAGUGUCAUGUUGACUUGAAUAAGUGUUGUACCGUAUGCAUUGUAGACAAUCAACUGGAUGAAUAAUAAUUGAUGAAGUAGUUUGUGCGAAAUUCCCGUAUGAUAAUUGGACUGCUUAUGAGUGGUUAGUAUUCUUUUUUCCUUGUAUCUGUUGGUUAACUUAACAAUUGGUGAACCAAUUAUCCCCUUAUUUCAUUGAAAUUAUGAACUGAUCAAUGUUAGACCACAAUCGAAAACUCGGAAGCACUGGACGGCCGUUUCGUCCUACUGUGGGACUCCUCAGCAGUGCGCAUCCACAAUCCUCCCUCAUGAUCUAAACUCUCAAACUUACUAUAAUAUCCACAAAACCCCUCUCUGAUUAUAAUCAUCAUAUGCUUCAAGAGGUAUUUCCUGGAGUUCUAGUGAAAAUCCAUGAGCAGUGGGAUUUAACCAGGUCUGUUGUGAGAUAGCAACUCACUGAAGACAAUGGUAGACUGUCGCCUAAACUCGUGAAUUAAUUGAAGUUAGACAUUAACACCGUCGGAUGCCAGCCAGCUCAGUGGUCUAUAGGGUAAGCGAUCGCGCGCAAGACUGGUAGGACCUGGAUUCGAAUCUCGCGAGGCAGGAUCGUGGUUGCACACUACUGAAGAGUCCCACACUAGGGCGAAACAGCCGUCCAGUACUUCCAGGUUUUCCAUAAUGAUCUAGCUUCAAUUGACUCAUGAUCACAACUAUUAAAAGUAAUUCAUGUUUUUUUUAGUAAGUAAAUUUCUAGAUAUUAUUACUACCGUUUUUUUUCUUUCACCCCUCCCCCCCUCCAAAAAAAACAAAAUAAUCACUAACCUAGAACCAUUCUCUCAAACAAAUGCUGCACGAUCAGUACAUUCUGAUAAUAUUGUAUCAUAUAUUAAACAAGCAUUUAUUAAAACAAAUGAAAUUCUCUCUGAUCAAUAUCCUUUAGAAUCAAUUAUGAAUAUAAGAAACAAUUGAUUUAUAUUGAUUAUUGUAAUAAAGAAAAAUAUCGAUUAGAUAAUAAUAAUAUGUGAAUAUUUAUACUCAAUGGAGAAUGUUGUUGGGUGACGGUCUAUACUCUUCCACGAGGGGUAAUCGUUGUAUGUAUGGAACUAAUUCAAAUAUGAAUUGAUUUGUAAAAGUGCUUAAAUCUUCCCGUUGUUCAUGUUAAGGACUGCUAUUGAUUAAUCUCAUUUGAUGAUAUAAUUUAUAUAUUGUGCAAUUUACUUUGAUAUUGUCAUUAAGUGACAAGUAUGCUAGGAAAAGUUGAAUAGUGGUUGACAAUUGAUGAAUCCUGAAUAGGACGAAAUGCACAUCUUAUAUUUCACUGUUGAAGCUUUUAUUCAAUUGCCUAAUAAUGUUCCUAUAUCGUUAACACAUAUAUAUUUCUUUGCUUGUAUGAACAUGCAUGAUUGAGCACAUUUGACAGCCUACAUAUAUAUUUCUCUUUAUUGUUUAAAUAUCAGUUGAUGCUGUACUGAAAUAAACUGUUACAACAAUUUUGUUUUACCUUCUGGACAUUGUACAUCAUUGGAAAUUAUAGUAUUAAUGGUUAUCAAGGAUAUCAAUGUGCGAAGCAUAGGGAUAACUUUGGGGAUAGUCCGUAACACACUCUUUUAUUUAUUUGAACACAUAAUUAUUGAUACGAAGGGGCACCAAAUACAUAUGCACUACACAAGUCACUUGAUUUGUGUGUGGGCUGUGAUACUGACAGGGUGCCCUAACCGAUGCAGAUGGUUUUCUUCGGGAGUCACACUUAGAGCCUUUGACCCAAAGGUCUAAUCCACAAGGCAGUGGAGCAACGUCAGGAGAUGCAGUCUCAUGUUAGUUGGUACCCAACAAUUGGUUUGUAUGCCAUGUGUUCCUUCAGGAUACUGUAGCCCAUGUGCACCAUUCAUUUGGGAUGAGGGUUUUCCAACUUCUCUAUGUGGACUCUCCGUGUCCACCAAUCUAGUUAAAGCACCGGACAUACUCACUUCGUCCUCUUAAUUUCUUAAACAACACACGUGGUUCGAGAAGGCAGUGAGUAGGACUUCUCUGACAGUGGCUGUAUACGCAUGACCAUGUGAAAGCAUUUGGAGAGGGAGAGUUGACUGUCCCUACCCCUCGACUAUCAUCUUGUACACCAUAGAGACUAAACGUUUAGAACAAUAUCAUUAAGAGAGAAUGAAAAACUUUCAGUGUUAUAAUUCAAAACAUCAGCAUUCAUAUUCACUUAAUGUCUAUCUAAUGAUACUCAAUUUGUGUGGUGUUUUUUAUUCUUCUAAUGACAAGCUUUAUGUCAUAUCAGGACGAAGAUUUAGGGAACGGUAAUCUACAGAACUACGUUAUGGAUGAUUAUUGUUACGUAUAUUUUUAUUGUAUAAUUAUUAAGUAACUAGAUUACCUUGUCUAUAUAUUCCACUUAUCAUCUUAAGCUUUCGGUUGACCGUUAAACUGUUUCUAUUUUGUUGCCAGUCUAUAAUUUACAGUUUCUCCUACUCCCAACCAUUUUUGGCUUGUUCUUGUAUAAUUGUUAUUUUCUAUUUUAUGAUGUAAUUUAGUCGGUUAUGUCUGAAUAUAAACUACGUCUGUUUGAAAUAAAAUAUGGUAUAGGCUGGCAGGGCAGAGAAAGAUGUUAGAGAAUUGUGGACCAAUAGGAACCUAGGUGUCGACUCAAAGUUAAUAGUGCUGGUCAGAUAUGGAAUUGGUCGACUAACUCAUAGUCACUCAGUCAUAGAGUAAAUAAUUGAUGCUAAAUAGACCAAAUUGGAGUCGGGAUUCUGAUUAGUUACUUUCUACGUGAUGUUGGUCAGCGGUCAUAAAAUAUGAAACUUCCGUUUGACUCAGCUGUUGUGGUAUUGUUUCCUUUUCUGAACUUGUUGCGAAAUGAUUAUAUGCCUAUUACACAGAUUAUUUACCCUAAAUGCAUAUAUUGUAAUCUUUUAAAUAUUUGUUAUGCCCCAGUAAUUCAUGUAUUUAAUCAUGGGAAGUUUUAUAGUCGUAUAUACAGAGGCCAAAUUGACUAUCUUUUUCUUCGUUUUUUUUAAUGGGGUUCCGAUCAAAGAACUUUCACGUAGUUAGUGAGCGUUCGCAUAUCGGUCCAUUUAUUCGGGGUUUUACCAUAGCACCGAACAAGGUCAAACCAACCGUACCAAAGACAAGGUAAUAUCAUAAAGAAUCACUGAGAAUUUCUCAUAAAGGUUUGUGGAGAUAGUUGAGUUUCAUUGAAAUCAUUAACCGAUAUAAUUUAGACCACCAUUAAAAACUUAGGAGCACUGGAAACCUGUUCCGUCCUAGUAUGUGACUCUUUAGCAGUGCUCAUUCAAGACCCCUCACGCGGGAAUUGAACCCAGGGACUUUGAUCUCAUACGCGAACGCCUAACCUCUAGAUCACUGAGUUGGUAUCCAACGGUUUUAAUGUCUAACUUCUAUCAAUCUAGUAGUAGUCUAACUUAGAUCAGUUCAUGGUUUCAUUGAAAAUCAUAAAGAAUUUUAAAAUCUUAAUUAAUUAAUACUACAGUCAAAAAAGCAUAAUAAAACAUUAAUUGAA